AUGCCAGCCUCUACUUCCGCAACAACGGCCGCCAACGGCCGCUCCAGCCGGUCUGGGGGCACAACUCCCAAGAGCCUGGUGCUCGUCCUCAAGGUGCCAUCGAACCUACUCCGUCGCUUUCCUGUUACCGUUCCCGGCAUCAAGGAGAGCAAUCCCAGCACUCCCAGCAAGGAUAAGGAACGCUCCUCUCCUGCCUCAUCUUCUGCCGACCCUGCGGUGCUACCAUUGUCAGCCGACAACGCCUCUGAUACGGCCUCCACCCCGGCUCCCGGCGCAAAUUCCGAGACUCCUCGCCGGAGGGGUGUUCCUGGCCCGAAACCUGGAGCUAAGAGAGGCAGCGAUGUGAUGCCCAAGCCGAGAGGGAAGCCAGGUCCAAAGAAGAAGUCUAAACUCGACGACGGGACAUAUGACCAUCCCCCCAGAAUACCACAUUCAUCUCAUAAACUGGGCCCCAAAGCCAACACUGGCGCUAUAAACGCUGGUCUACGUGCUCUCGACCGUUCUGGCGCUCCCUGCCGUAGGUGGGAGCGCAAACCUCUGCAGCUGAAAAGUUUCACCGGUGUCGUCUGGCAGCUCCCGACGUGGCGGACUCCCAAAGCAGAGAAGCUAGAUGAGAAUAACGAAAACAAAGAAGUCGUCGUUGAGGCUGGUGUUGACAGCAAAGCCAAUAACAAUACGGAGAGCGUCAUUCUCAGUGCUAUUCCUAGUGCAGUCCCCAGUGCAAUCCCCAGCGAGAAGAGUAACUCGGGCGAUGGUGACGUCACGCCAUUUCCCUCAAACAUGGAGUCAUCUCCUCCUGCUAUUUCAAUCGGUGCUUGA